AUGGCGGACGAUUUCGCGUUAACUGUUGGUAGCAUUGCGAGGAUUAAAACCAUCGCUGAAAGGGAUAAAACACAGGAGACAUUUAACGUGAGAGUACUGGGUGUAUACAGGUACACUGUUGACAAGAGUUUUCCCAUUCCUAGCUCCGGUUUAACAUAUGCUUUCGACAUCCUCAUAACUGAUGGUCGUUAUAAGACGAAGUGCUUGCUGUCGCCGACUUUAAAUUCUCUGGUUUAUGAGCAUAAACUGAGGGAAUCUGCCAUCAUUGCAGUUACUGAAUGUAGAUCCCUGAUUGACGAAGAAUCAUUAGAACAAGCGCCUUUGGUCAUUCUUCAAGGUAUCGAGGUUCUGAAUUCAGCACCUGCGACCACGCUCGACAGAGAUGGAGCUUCAACUGACCUUGAAUUUUGUUCAAAUUCCACGGCAAACGAAAAGCAAGAGAUACCUUUGGCAGCUUCUCGUGGUUAUUAUUUGCCGCUGUGGAACGAAGAAGACUAUUUUGGCUCAAUAUGGUUGACUAAUCCAGACCUAAGUCCUUCCAAGCCGAUAGCUAACGCAAUUACAAUUUCAGAUCUAGACUCGUUUUGGAGAACGUUACCGCGACCAUUUCCAGCACUAAUAGGCACGAUUGUGAGUAAAACAAGGUUAAAUCAUUAUGGAAAAUCAUCGGAUGAUAAAAGAAGAUAUCCUUACCAAUUUUACCUCGAGUUAGAAGAUAGAACUGCCACUGUCUCUGUUUGCAUCUGGAAUUCGUUAUGUCUCCUGUUAUACAACUACCUUCAAGUUGGGGACGUUGUAGCGAUUUCAAAUUACCGUGUUUCAAGAAGGUUUGGGUCAAGAAGUAACGCAGUUUACAAUACAAGUGAUGCAGUAAUGACUGAAAUAUCAUUAAAUCCUCUUAAUCCAGCUGCACAAGUGUAUAAAAUUUCACCUGAGGAAGUUGUCCCUGAUUGGAGAUUGCCAAGUGUUCCCUAUAGGUAGGGUAGACAUAAGCCUAAUGCAUCAUUCAAUUCCAGCUGUGCCCAGCUCCCGCUCCCCCCCCCCCCCCAGGCCACUGCGGGGCGUUUCCCUGCCCUGUCAGCCCCGGAUUUUGUGCUGCCUGCCCUGGUGGCCGGGCAUAUGCCAACCCUGGGGCUUUUCCCAAACUUUUCACGUGUACACGGUUUCCUAUCAGAAAAGAAACUACGCAAAGGAUUUUACUGGAAAAACAAGCAUAUUGGCUCAUCUGUGAAGGACAGGAAAAAAUUGAAUAGGCUUGUAAAGGCAUGUGUGCGAUUUUAUGCAUGCAUUUCUUCAUUGCUUAUAUUGAAUCAAAUUUAUGUUGGUAUUACAUGUAUUUCAAGAACAUCGUUUCAUAUUUAUAGUAUAUGUCGUCGCGGCGUGAAAUCUUAAUUAGAAUCCUAGCGCCUUUACAAAGGAAGACAUUAAUUGAAACAAAAAACGGCGUAUUAAAAUGUAACCUGAGGUCAGGCCCAAUUACAUUCUCUCUAGCAGCUACCCCACUGCGAAACGAAAAUAGAGCCUGAUCUCAGGUUAAUUAAAAUGCUUAAAUUGGCACUAUUCGAUUGUGUGAUCAGUGAAAAGUGUUGCAGUGUUGACGAAUGACGGGGCAUUUGCCCUCUUUUUUUGUCCCCACCCCAGGGGAUUUGACAGCUCAAGAGACCCCACACCCGGGAAUUUGCCAUCCAAGGCAAAGAAAAUGGUAAGGGGGGGGGUCAGCCUGGGAGGGGGGGCUGGGGAUGGGGCUGGGCACAGCUGGAAUUGACUAAUGCAUAAUAUAGCCUGCAGUGCAGGCGUUUUCAUCGGGCGCGCGCGAAUGGUUUUAAUCGCGAAAGCGCCAUGUUGAAACUCCCGAAGAGAGGAGAAAAUGGGGCGAGUCAAGGGGAGGGGGGAGGGGGUCUUCCGUAAGGGUUAUUAUUCCUACUCUCCCCAAUCUUCCUCUGUCAUAAAAUCAAAGAUGGCGGCUUCAUCGUAGCGGCUAUGCAUAAUACAGUUUUGAUACAGUUAAACCCCUAACAGUUGGGAUAUUAUUUACCUCUCUCAAGUUUGCCCUCCUCCUUUUUUUUUCUUCUCUUUUCUUCCUUCCAUUACCCUUUUAUCUACCUCUUUAAAGACUGAUAGAUGACUUUAUGAUGAUCUCAAUUUUUUAGCGAUGGGUUUGUGUAUUCCUUCAGUUUUAGUCAUUGACUGUACUAUUUCUAAGCAAAAAAGAGACCACUUUGUAUUCUACAAGGAUAAAUGAAAGAACUUGCCACACUACCAUAUUACAUUGCUUAUAAAAAUCAAGGAAGCUUCAGAGUUGAUUACAACUGUGAGACAAGCCAAGAAAGAAUACCCCUAGUAGGUUAAGUAUGAUUGUCCAGGUGAAUGUAGUCCUGAAUAGUACUGUUGCUGUUGAUAGUGACUGACAUUUCCAGGGUUUUCAUAAAGAAUUCUAGUAGCAGGAGAAAGGUGUAACGUUACAGGAGAAUAUUGUGAGAGAGGCUCCAUGUCUGAAUAAAAAAUGUUCAUAGGCUAUCGCACAUUAGCUGGAGAAUUCCGUGUAACAAACAGAGAAUUCUCUGAUCUCCGAUGCCUAAUGAACACCCUGCAUUUUGACAACCUGUGCGGUAGUCAUCUUCAGAGCCAAAGUGAGUUGUAUCAUGUCAGUUGAUGCUAUUAAACUCUGGUUAUUGACCUGAUUGGUCAAUUAAGUCACAAUGUUAUUGGUCGUCUGUCAGUUAAGCCGUGAUGUUAUUGGCUAGACUCAUUAUGUCAUUGGUGCGUUUCGAUCCAUUUAAUAACCAGAGUUUAAUACCAUCAACUUACUUUAACUGUGAAGAUGACUACCACACAGGUUGUCAAAAAAUCAGUCACUGUCAACAACAACAGACUGUCUUAUUGAGGACUACAUUCACAUGGACCAUCAUACUCAACCUACUCAUGAAAUGACUCCUGGGUUCAAACCUUUCACAAAGAAUACCAAGUUACCAACACUCUUUCCACUCUGUUUCUCUUUGAAGCUUUCUUACUGGACCACAACUGGUGCAAGAUAUUUUUAACCACUAAAAUAAAAAUUAUUCUGUUUAUCAAAACAUGGCAAAAAUUGUAUAACAAUCUGCCUUAAUCUCCACACCUUCUUAUUUACUGAGGCUUAAUCAUCUGUGACUACUACUGUUCAGCCAAAAAGUGUAACUCAGGUGUGGCCUAGGUUUUAUUUUAACUCCUCCUUUAGGUCCUGUUUACACAUUUCAGGUUAUUCUUAGGCAUAUAUAGGCUGAACAGCUAGUAAUUAAGCAUAAAUAUACCCUACAGUAGUACUACUUGUACACUUGGCAACCACAACUACUUAUCUGAAAAUUUUUGUUGAUAGGUUCAUUAAUAGACAAUCCCUUUCAAGCUAUUCCUCAGGGAUAAUCUGUGAUAUUGUGGGAACUGUGAUGUUUGUGAGCCGAGAAAUCCAGGAACGAAAGGGCGUCAGUUCUUCUCACUGGACUUCAAAAUGGGUACACCUCAGAGAUGGUAAGAUUGAAGAGAAUUUGUUAAGCAUUUCUCUAUAGUUGUAUAUUUGUACUUGUGAAAAGAAAUAACUGAAAGGUAUAGAAUGAAAUAGAAACUGCUUAAAGCCCCACUCCCAGUCUGAUUCUCUCACUCCAUGAGACAGGCCAUGAAAAACCCUUGGAUUGAUGUUGAAAGUGCUGUCUGAUUCCAAGCAUAAAAACUGAUAUGGUAAACUACUUUACUCUUUCUGAAGCUCUUUGAAAUUCUGAAAUAUGGAAAAAGCAAUCUGUUGUCUAACCAUCAAUGGCAAUAUUCAACGCUUAUGCCACUUACUCCGUUUUUGUUUCUAUUGUUGCUGCCUCCUGAUCUUAAGUUGACUCAGUCAGAGAAUAUAUUUUAAAAUGUAGACAAGACUCAGGAACUGUGUCUGUAGGACCAUUGUUUGUGAACAGCUUCUUAUUUUUCUUUGCAAAGUUACUCUACGCAUCACCCGUGAAUAACCUUUCUUCAAUCUUUGUUUCUCUUACCCUGUCUGCUCUAUAAUUUCCAUUUAUUACCUGUCAUUUUUAUGCACUGAUUACUUUUGAUAACACUAUGUUCUUGUUAUGUUUAGGAUCAAGCUUCUUGCCAAUCAUUCUUCAUCUUUAUGCCUGUUCACAACCUGAGGUGUUUAACUCCAUUGCAGCUGGAAAUGUAAUUGUUUGUGCUCGUAUGCUACUCAAAGUCGAGUCUCAAGAUUCAAAACGAGCGAGAAUUUGUUUCCUCACAACAACACGCGAGUCCCAGUUGUAUGCUCUCAAGAAGCCAUCUGAUGCGAAUAACAAGCCCUUUUCAGACUCUACGGAAAUUGCUGAUGCUAUCAAAUGGAGGCAAUCAGGUGAAGCCAAACAUCUUCUGAUGGUUUCCUGUAGUGGGGGGUACUAUAGCUUUCCUCCUUUAAAUCACUCACUUGAGUUAUACAAAAGAACCUUCCCUCAGGGAAGUGAAAUGUCGCUGAUAACAACAGUUAAUCUUGGAUUUGUAAUGAAGGAACUUCACUAUCGAGAACAAUUGCGCCUACACAUUCAAGGCAUUGUUGUUGCCAUGGAAUUUGUUCCCACGGCAAAAAGUGUGGGAAGUGCUCCUGAUGAAACAACGCAGAUGAGCAGUUCUCAGCUUAGUGAAACACAAAGAUCUGAUAAGCACAGUCAAGAGGCAUCCUCACAACUUUCUUCAAGCCAGUCAAGUUGUAAGUAGCAGGAUUUUUCUUUCAUUUUUUAUAUAUAGGCGAAAUGUUGCGAUCAAUUACACCGUGACUGUAAUGAAACAAACUAUAUAUAAAAGCUAUCACGCCAUUACUGACUUUGAUUGUUUGUUAACAUAUCGUGGGGGUAACGCUACAUUACACUAGAUCUAUUUCACCCUGUUUUAUCAACAUCACUGCUGAGUAAAAUUGAGUCAAACAUCACUCAAGGCACUGCAGGCAUGACAUAAUGACUUUCUUAACCUUGAUCCCAACCCUAACCUUCUACUAAGGUCAUGCUUCAAGAAACUGAAAAACAAAAAGUAACAUGUCAGAUUGCUGUCAGACAGGAAGGUGAAUCCGACGGCAGUUCUUCUCAAAUUGAUCAGAAAAACCACCAAGCGAAAAGCAAACAAAGCCGAGUACAAAGUAAGCAAAAAAUGUGUUCUUUAUGCGUGUAAAUCAGAUUCAAAUUCCAAAAAGAUGCCUUCCCUAAUCAACAGGGAAUUCUCUAAUUCAUGCUUCUACGACUUCCUCAGUUUAAAAUUCAGGAAAGUGUCCCAAGUCCAUCUUAGAUACACUUUACCCGGAUCAAACUAUUUUCCUCACAAAAGUUGCUAUUAGCGUAUCAUGAUGAUUUCUAAUUGUUAUUCUGAUGAAUAUUAUUUGAUUCGUAGCCCGGAGCGCAGGAAAAUUAGAGGAAUCUGCCUCCGAUAGUGAGCAAAGCUCAGCUGGUUCAAGUGGUCGGGUAAAGAGGAGAAUUAAUCCCAAACGGAAAUGUAAAAAAAGUAUUAAAUUGAAGGAAUCUUCCUGCGCUAGUGAGGGCAGCUCAGCUGGUUCAAGUGGUGCAGUAAAGUGCAGAAUUAAUCCCAAAAGGAAAUGUAAAAAAGGUAAAGUGAAUGAUACUUAACUGUAGGACCACUCAGCUUUUCACAAAUUGUGUUUUUUAAGGUGGCUGAACACAGUUUACUCCCGAUUACUCCUCGAAUUGUACUCCACUCAGUCCUAUUACCGUGACAUAUUAGGCGGCUUUCAAUUGUUGUUUCUAACAUAGCGCCUUAAGGAAUUCCUAGCCUUUUUGUCCAUUUGCCAUGGCGUCUGAUUAGCUACUAAAUUUCUUGUGUUUUGUUGUAGUUGAUGAAACAAACCGUAAUGUUUGUAUCAAGAGAACAUCAAGACAUGACGGCCAAGACUUACCAAGAAAAGUCAGCAAGAAAGAACCAACACCAAAAAACAAGAGGACCGUCCGUGUAAAACCUAAAAAGAAAGCGAAAACGAGAAGAUGUGGCCAGCGUUCGUUAAGGCCGGACGAGGAAGAGCGAGGAGCAACUGACAGCGAGGAGACCACUUCCACGUCUUCGUCCAAGGCAGAUAAUUAUUUUCCUUUUAGAAUUCUAGAUGAUACAUGUCCGAAUAUGCCAGAGGACACACCAGUUGUUGGUUUGUCUAGGCCAAGUUGUCAUGAAAACACUUUCCCGAGACUUUGUAGUCGGGGACUCUCGGAUGUCCGGGUAGUUCCGACAGCUGAUCGGCAAGGCUUCGUGAAUUCAGAAGGCUACUGGCGGCUCAUGAUCACAGGUCUGAACAGGCGUGCCAUUAUUAAUGCGAUUUUUGUGCCCCAGACUCCCGAGAAAACAGAAGAAAACUUGGAAGAGGAACCAGAAGAUGGCUUUUUCUUGUCUGCACUGGCCACAGGAUCGUUUUCAAGAUGGUACCCCGUGGAGACGAUUUUGAAUCGUGCAAACGAGGAGUUACGGGGACGAAGAACUGUUUUUGUGUUGGAUAUUUAUAAUCACGGUGAAGGGAAGGUGGAAGUUGUUAUAAACAGGGGCUAUUAA